AACGAACGAGGGAGGAGGAGACCAAGUACCACAAUCUCCGUAGAAGUCCACUGAAAAACUGCCACCUCACCCCUUUCUCUCUCUCUCUGAAACUUCUUCCUUUUUUUAACUCCCUCACUCAGUCUUCCAUCUCCCCUCUCUUCUCUCCCAAAAGGCCAAAACCCCUCUUCUCUCCCGCUCCGCCACUUACCAAAUCAAGAUCUGAGUCCUCCUCCUCCUCAUCCUUCCGCCACCGCCGACCACCACAACCGACCAGCAGCAAUGGGGAAAGGCGGAUCUCUGAGCGACUCCGUCCUCAAAAAAAUCCUCCUCUCCUACACCUACGUCGCAAUCUGGAUCUUCCUAUCCUUCACCGUCAUCGUCUACAACAAGUACAUCCUCGACAAGAAGAUGUACAAUUGGCCCUACCCGAUCUCGCUAACCAUGAUCCACAUGUCCUUCUGCGCCUCCCUCGCCUUCGUCCUCAUCAAGGUCUUCAAGGUCGUCGAGCCGGUGUCAAUGUCGCGGGAGAUGUACCUCUCCUCCGUGGUCCCAAUCGGGGCGCUCUACUCGCUCUCCCUCUGGCUGUCCAAUUCCGCCUACAUCUACCUCUCCGUCUCCUUCAUCCAGAUGCUCAAGGCCCUGAUGCCGGUCGCCGUCUACUCCAUCGGGGUCGCGCUCAAGCGGGAGAGCUUCAAGACCGACACCAUGGCCAACAUGCUCUCGAUCUCCGUCGGCGUCGCGAUUGCCGCGUACGGCGAGGCGAGGUUCGACGUCUGGGGGGUGAUGCUGCAGCUCGGAGCGGUCGCGUUCGAGGCCACGCGAUUGGUAUUGAUUCAGAUCUUGUUGACUUCUAAAGGGAUUACCCUGAAUCCGAUUACUUCUUUGUACUAUGUUGCCCCUUGCUGCCUGGUUUUCCUGUUUAUCCCUUGGAUCUUCGUCGAGUACCCUGUUCUCAGGGAGACGUCGAGCUUCCAUUUCGAUUUCGUGGUGUUUGGGACCAAUUCGUUCUGUGCUUUUGCCCUGAAUCUCGCCGUGUUCCUGCUCGUGGGCAAGACGUCGGCGUUGACCAUGAAUGUUGCCGGGGUUGUCAAGGAUUGGCUGUUGAUUGCCUUCUCGUGGUCGGUGAUCAAGGAUACCGUGACCCCGAUCAAUUUAGUUGGCUACGGGCUUGCAUUUUUGGGGGUUGCGUAUUACAACCAUGCCAAAUUGCAGGCAUUGAAGGCUAAGGAGGCACAGAAGAAGACCCAGCUGCCAGAUGAUGAAGAGCAAGGAAGGUUGUUGGAAGAGAGGGAGGGUGAAGGCAAUGGCAAGAGAAGUGAAUCACAGAACUAAUAAUCUCGCUCGUCUACUUUUGAGUUUUAGUUUCCGGUCUUAAAUAUUCGAGAUCUACGAGAAAAAAAGACAAAAAAUUUAGUUGAUUGGAAGGUGGGGGAAGGAAGAAUACGGCAAUAAGAGCAAAAGGGUGACUGAAACUGAGGUUGAGGAGGAAUUUGGAAUUGUAAAGGUUAGGGCUUUGGCUGGGCUUUGAGGUCUGGUCUGCCAAUGGCCUUUUGAGGCAGUGAGAGUGGGGCAGAGAGAAGAGGAAGAAAUGGAGCUGUCUGUCUGGCUUUGUGCCAUUUACCUCAGUUUCCUUUUGCUCAUUUCGGUAAUGUUCAAUUUCUCUUGUUUAGGGUUUACGUUGUUGCUCUUUGUUCGCGUUAGUUUAUCGCAUGGAUGUCUCUUUAGUUCUUAUGCAUUUAGAGGGGAUCUGAGAUUCCAGCAGCAGAGGAGUCUUGAAUUCCCAUUUCUUUUUCAUGUUUUGUUCGUUGUGCUUUUUGUCCUUUGAAUGUUGCUCUUGUUAAUGUAGGAAGACAGACAGCUUCUAUUUAUGAAGAUGCAUAUCAAUCUUUUGAUUAGUACUUGUUUCUCCAUACAAUUAGUCUCUUUUUUUCACCUUCUUCUCUUGCAAUUCAAUUGAGGUUUCCAAUCGAAUCGAAAGAGUCGAAGAUGUCAUUGGGGUUUAUCAGUACCGAAUCUUUCAAUUUCCAGUCCUUGUUGGAGAUGGAUUGAGUUGUUGCUAUGGUGGAGUGUCUUCAUCCCUGAUUACGAUUGAACUGAAACUGAACCCUCGUAAUGUAUUGCUUUACUUGUGAAACUGGUAUGGCCUUUAAUGAGGUCUUGUGCAUUUCGAGCUGGUGAUCCUUGUUAGGGACGUUUUCUUUAGGAUCUGCAUUUAAGGCUGCUUGUGAGUUGUGAUCAGCAUUUAAGGCUUACUGCCGGGGGGUUGGUUUUUUCCUGUUUUUGUGUGUGUUUCUUAGAUCCUUUCUCACUGGUAACUUCCCUUAUGCAUGUGCUCCUUGCCAUCCCAAACCUACUACCAAGCUCGAAUCACAAUUUCGGCUUUGGGUUCGUCGAACCUUGAGACUAAUGAUCAUUAAGAAUACGAAACUUUCGAUCAUUAUCUUUGUCUCAUUUUUCGUAUCAACGGGAGCGAUUGUGAGAUAUUCAAUCAGGCCACAUUUGGAGAUGUUACAUUCCAUAGAUUCUCCCUUUUGGCUGUCAAACCUUGUGAUGAUUACUACUCAGAGAAACUGCUGUUAGUAACCAUCACCAACUGGAUCUCAGAUAGAGUAGUGUACCAUUGUAGCAUUGUCACCCUUUGUUUGGUAAUGUAGGCCUUUUGCUGGAAAGGGACUUAAUGGGGUGUCAUAACUCAUAGCUCGGUUAAAGUUUGCCUUUCAUGAAAAGUUGUAGCUUGCAAGAAAGAAAGCAUGCAUGAAGGUUCUUUCUUGCUACCCAGAACGUUACCUUAUGGAAAGAGACACCUUUGCUUGGUUUGCCUGAAUAGCAGAAACAACACUCACGAUUUCCUUCCCGCAUUUCUUCUGCUGAAUUUGUGCUCUAUAGAGGGCUUUGCUUCGGCCCUUGUCUUCUGGUUUUUGACUUUUUUUUCUUUGUAAAUUGGACAGUUCCUGUAGCCGUUGGAUUAGUUUACAAUUUUAUAUUAAAGUGUGUUUAUCAGAGUCUGUAAUAGAUCGAUAGAUUAUUU